GCUGAAUACAUGUUCCGCGGUUUGUUUACAUAUGGAGAACUGCAAGAUAUUUGUGCUGUGGAUAUUAGAAAUGCUAUAGACAACCGGCCAGUGUACUCGCCGCGGCAUCGCGUCCGAUGUGGCUACAAUGGAAACGGCAACGUUUCACAAAAAUUGAAAAUAGAAGGGGCUCUGUUCUCCAUCCCAUUUUGCAUCCCCAUUUUGAUUUUUCUCAUCGUUUCGAAGACAGAAGAUGCUUUUGUCUCUAUCCCUAUUUCCAAUCCACAUUUUCUCUAUCUCCUUCUUCCUCCAUCCUCACAAUUACGUUUCAAAUUCGAGAAAGCCACAGACCUCACUUUGUCUUCAUUUUGCCCCCAUUUUCUCUUUCUAUUUUCUCCAUCUUCUUCUUCUCCAUCCCCACGAUUACCUUUCGUAAACCUCUCUUCAUCUUCUCCACGUCACAGUCGAACCCACGAUGGUUUUGGGUCUCUUCUCUUCGUUCUAUCCCUGCUCACACUCACAAGUUUCAUCGGACUCCAUGAACUCUUGUCACAAUUUCUCCCUCUCUCUCUCUCUCUCUCUCUGGGUGUUUGGUUGUUGAGAAAAACAGAGGAAAAUAAAUGCGAAAGGAAAUUUAUAACUUCAGGGGGCAUUUCCAUAGAAAGCUUCGACGAUGGCUCUCUAUCUCCAGAUUCGGUCCUCCUCACGUCAAAGCUCCAAACCAUCCUUUCAAGAAAAGAAGUCACGAAACUAGAGGAAACUAUAGCGGCAGAUUUUGAAGUAUCAUCCAAGAAAAAGGUCACAAGUAGUGAUAGAAGGAUGAGGUGUGAAACGAAGAGAAGAGACCAUCGUGGGUUCGGCGGUGUUUGUGGCUGUUUUUGUGAGACAGAGCAAUGAACGUGUAGAAGAGGAAGAGAAAAUAGAAAAGAGAAAAUGUGGGGCGAAAUGGGGAGGGAGACACAAGCCCUUCUGUCUUUGAGCUACAGUGAAACGAAACGUUGCCAUUUCCAUUUUAACUACGUAGGAUGCAAUGCCGCAGCGGGGACACAGGCGGUUGUCCAUAGCAUUUCUGAUACUGCUCUUAACCCCGCCGCGUCCUCGCGGUUGAACUGCCACGUUAGUUGAUAAUAUUAAAAAUUUUAAAUUUAAAUUUAAAAAAAAAAAUCCAAAAACAUAACGUGGAGGGAGAGAAUUAUUUUCAUUUUGAAGAAACCGAAUAGAGCCCAAACCAAAGCAGAGCUGCGGUCUUCGAUCUGUUGUGUGGUCUUCUCUUGUAGUCUUCGAUCCGUUGUGCAGUCUUCUCUUCUAGAUUUUAAGCCUAUUCUUUCAUAUACAUUUUUGGGUAAGAUAACGGCUUAUUGUUGGGUUUUAGCUGGGUUUUUCUUUCAUCGACAUUUUAGCUGGGUUGUUGCUUUGGGUUGCUCUUUUCUUUUUUGUUUGCAUGUGAAAAAUAGUUUUGUUUAUUAGCUUUAUACAGAGACCAUUUACAAGGAAAUUUGAUA